GUUUAGACCAACAUCACAGGCUGAAGCAACUUCCCAGCAUGCCUCCAACCUCCGUCGACCAUCAUUAUCCAGGUCGCCUUCCUCCCUCCGCCGUGUCCCCCUGAAGCCUGUGGAUGUGACCCGUGGAUGUUUCCAGUCACGGAAUGAAAGCGACAUAGUGUUGAAGGAGCACCUCCUCCUCCUCCUCCUCAUUCAGCAUUGUCUUCUCCUCCAGCGGAGCUCGGCUUUUCACUCUCCCACCGGCGGAGACAUGAGGAACCCACUGGCCGGUUUACUGCUCACAUUGUGGCUAUUUCUAGAGUGUGUUGAAGCCAAAAAGUACUGCUGGUAUUUUGAAGGCGGAUACCCCAUCUACUUCAUCUGUCGCUCCUACGAAGACUGUUGUGGGACUCGCUGCUGUGUGAGAGCACUGUCCAUUCAGCGACUAUGGUACUUCUGGGUGCUGCUGAUGAUGGGAGUAUUGUUCUGCUGUGGUGCUGGCUUCUUUGUCCGUAGAAGGAUGUAUCCGUCCCCUUUGAGAGACGAGCCAGCCUUCAACGUCUCCUUCACCAGGCACCCCGCCACGAGUCCAGUUUCCCAGCAGCCGGGGAGUAUGCAGGGCUUCGGGGUCAAUGGAAUGACAGGUGGCGAACCAGGGGUUAGCAUGACACACCCGGCAUACCCGUCACAGCCUGGCUCCGCCCAUAUGAUGAUGAUGGGCUCCUACCCUCCUCCUCCAUCCUACUGCAACCACCCACCUCCGUCCUACGAACAAAUAUUUCAAAACAGCAACAAGAAGUAACAUCCAAAAGAAACUAAAGAAAUGGAACUUGAAAAGAAAAUAUUGCAAGGAAGGAAAAGCACUGAGAGGCUGAAUCACGUUGUUUUUUUUCUGUAACUCAAUUGUUUAUGGAUGUAGAGAACUUCAAAAGCACACAAUUUCUUGUCUUGUGCAAAAGACGCACAGUAACCAGAAUUUAGAUGCACAGGCACACUCAUUCACUCACUCUCACACACACAAGCACAAACACACUGCUUCAUCUGCAGAACUUCUUUUACUCCUGAUUUAUGUUGAGCCACGUGUGGAGUUCAAGUAUCUCGGGGUCUUGUUCACGAGUUAGGGUAGAACGGAGCGUGAGAUGGACAGGCGGUUUGGUGCCUAUGGUCCCUACCUAUGGUCAUGAGCUUUGGGUAGUGACCGAAAGAACAAGAUCGCGGAUACAAGCGGCUGAAAUGAGUUUCCUCCAUAGGGUGGCUGGGCUCAGCCUUAGAGAUAGGGGGAGGAGCUCAGACAUCUGGAGGGAGCUCGGAGUAGAGCCGGUCGAAAGGAGCCAGUUGAGGUGGUUUGGGCAUCUGGUAAGGAUCCUCCCGGGCGCCUCCCGUUAGAGGAGUUCCAGGUCCAACUGGUAGGAGGCCCCGGGGAAGACCCAGAACACGGUGGAGGGAUUAUAUCUCUCUCCUGGCCUGGGAACGCCUCGGGGUCCCCCAGGAGGAGCUGGACGUUGUGGCUGGGGAGAGGGACGUCUGGAAUGCCCUGCUUAGCCUGCUGCCCCCAUGACCCGGCCCCGGAUAAGCAGAGGAAAAUGGAUGGAUGGAUGGCUCUAGUGUAGUGAUGGUGCCAGCCAUGUCGACCAGAAGAUGAGUGAGGAAGCAGCCACACUCGCCUGUCUCCGCUUGGUUGGUGUUCAUACGGGACAGGAAGAUGGCAUGGUUUCACCACACCCCACUGGCGUAUACAGAUUCUGCCAAUGGCAUGUGCCGCUCUUCAUGCUAUGACAUUAUGCCCGAAGGCAGCUGUCACUGAUGUGAUCAUCGCUAUACUUUUCUGGCAGCUAACCCAGUAGCUGCAUUUUAACCCAAUUCUUUUAGCAUAGCAA